UCCUGAAAGAAACGUAUAUAUAAGUUUGUUUGUUUUUUUUUUUUGUUUUUUUGGUGAGGGAGGAGAAGAAAAGUAUACUGCCUUCAUGUCGUUGCACGCAAAACUUCUGUUGGUCUUAUUAGCCUGGUUAAACAGUAAUGUUGCUCCAAUGCGGUUAAGUAGAAACUCUCGGCAUAAUGGAACCGCAAGUAAUAAAUUGCGGCAUUUGUCAGACCAUUCUAUGCACGAUUCCCGUUCAACUUUUAAUGGUGAUCUUGAUCAACUUCGAAGUGAUGCGACCCUAGAGCGGGGAGAGCAGUACACUGGUCGGCAUGUUAACAAGCUGAAGGAGAGUGCGAAAUCUACAAGCCUAGGGAUGGUGCACAGGGAUGGUGAACUAGGACAAAUUGACUCGUUGGAUCUCUCCCUUGCCUGCAAUGAUGCGCAAACAAAGCUGUCUCUGUCUGACGGACCACAGAGUAAAGGGUCUCGAGGCUUUCUAUCGCUGGAUGUUCUGGAGUCCUGUGGUUAUGCUGCAUCUAAAGGACUGAAGAACGCCACUGUAGUUGUCAAAGACUGUGACGUUACACUUGCGAAUGGGUAUUGCUCUACAAGGAUGAAAUAUGAGACCAUCGAUGGACAGCUUGCUGAUGUCACUUUACCCUGCACUGCACGUUCUCAUCGCUCGCUCCCUAAUCAUCAUCAUCAUCAUCAUCCCUCCGAUGACCUAUUCAGCUCUGACCAAGUACAGUCGGAUAGUCCGAGCCCUACCCAAGAGUUCAAGUGUAACGUUCCUAGUCAAACCGGACUCGUCACUCCACGAUGCAGGAUUGACCAAAAUCAAAGGAUACAAUGUGGUGCCAGUGGGAUAUCUUCAUCGGAGUGCUAUGAUAAAGGCUGCUGUUUUGAUUAUGACGAUAAUUUGUGCCUAUACCCUCUGAAUGAGUGCACCGCCGAUAGACACUUUGUCUUUGUGGUUCUUGGCAAUCUCAGUGACUUUUCCCUGGACCUCACAAAGCUCAAGACUUCUGGGGCUUCUGAUUGCCUGCCGAGAAUCAUCACUGCAGAUUUUGCAGUGUUUUUCUUCCCCACCACUGAUUGUGGAGCUCGCACAUAUGAUAUAGGGGAGUCUACCAUCUCUUCUGUGGAAGUAUUGACUUCCCUUUCUCACAUACCUGCGAUUUCUGGUAACAUCUCAAGAGACCUGCAAUUCAGGCUGAUGGUGGAAUGCCGCUAUGCCAAAAGCCAACUGCUUGACUUGUCCAGCAGUGUCACCGCUGGCUUCAUGGUGAAGAGUCCCACUCUGUUUCCAAUGGUCCAGUCUGAGGGGAUAUUCAGUGUGGAACUUAGAAUUUCAAAAGAUGCUGCCUAUAGCCACUUCUAUCCUUCGUAUCAUCCACCCCUGCGUGUUUUACUGGGAAAGUCUGUGUACCUGGAAAUUCGUUUGAAGUCCCCCAAACCUGUAGUAACACUGCUGGUGCAUUACUGCAUAGCCUAUCCCAAGUCGGCUACAAAGGCAUUGGUUCUGUUGCACGAUGGAUGUCCCAACCCCGUAGACAACGGUGGUGUCCUCAUUAUUGGCCUGCCAGGAAACAAACAUGAGCGUCGAUUUGAGGUCAAGGCAUUCCAAUUCAUGGUUGCCCCAGAUGAAUACCUUGAUGAACAGAUCUACUUCCUGUGCUCCACGGAGUUGUGUUUCCACACGGGAAGUACUUGUGAAGAAGGCUGUUUCGUAUUUGCACCCUGAAGGCUUAAUGGGUGCACAUGUCAAGAUUCCUUGUUUCUGCUGGAUUCCUCUUGUAGCAAGAAUGCUAAUAAACAAUUUAAUAAACCUUC